AUGUUCAGCUUUGAAGAAACUCAGGUUGAUUUUUACUUGCCGCAGCUUCUCAAUAUGUACAUACACAUGCAUGAUGUGGCAGAGGCAAUACAUCCUUAUCUUGUCAGCAGGUGCCGGAACUCUACCGAGUUCUCGAUUAAUGCAGCAUGGCUUCUCAGUGCCUACUCAGCUGAUACUCUUAAACCAAACUGGAAAAACUCUCAGGGCAUCAAACUGAGAGACAUGAUAUUAAAUGAGGAACUCAGGCCACUGGCCACGAGUCCGACUGGCAACCUUCACACAAAGUUUCCAAGCACACAGAGUCAUAGAAAAAGUCACCCCUCUGGAACAGGGGGCACCGGUCUGAUCAGCCCACCCCAGGCAUCAACACCGAUUGGUCAGCCGGCCGGGGGUCAGCCAGUUACCCCAAUGUCCACUUCCUUGCAGCUGGAGCAAGCUUCCUCCAACAGUCUGGUGAAGAAAACCCACCAGAGAUCACGCUCAGAAGCAACAGGUAUCUUUCCGAAGCACAGUGAGACGCCAGCCUCCCUAAGUACCAGCAGUUCCAGCUAUAUAGGAGAUCUGUCAUCCGGCCGAGCGUUUGAUAAUGGCUGUCUGUGUUAUGUGAAAUCUGAAGCGGUGCUUAACAGUUUGAAAGGAAGGGAAACCAUUUGUCAGUGUGAUGCCCCAAGGUUGUUGCCAGAGGAAGAAUUCAUUAAAGCACUUCUCAACAUUGGCAAGAAAUUACAGCCACUGCCAACAAAGGAGCUCAGAACAUCUCAGCUGAUUGCAGAACUGGCCCUGCUCAACUUGAAUCUGCCAGCAAGGGUGUGGUUACCAACAUGCCAGUCAAGGAACCAUCAUGUUGUGAGAAUACCUCACACCCAGGCUGUUGUACUCAACUCAAAGGAGAAGGCUCCAUACAUGAUCUAUGUGGAAGUUUUGAGGUGUGAGAAUGCAGCCACUAGCCAGGUGCCACAGAAGAUCCUGGAGAAUACGCUGCGGUUUACACGCUCUGAAGAGGACCUGACCCAGUUGGCUCAGCCCUCACAUGGAUCACCCCGGCCAGAGUUUAAUGUUUAUGGAUCGUUACAUGAUUUUGACGAUGCCGAUUGCUGGUCCCAAGAGGAUGAUGAUAUUAUUACGCUGGCCAACCACUGCAGAUCCAGCGACACCAUCUCUCAGUUUUCAACAGAGAGCUCCAUCAGUGCAGACAGCAAAGACCCAGUCUACAUCGCAGCUGGUGAUAUCAGGCGCAGAUUGUCUGAAAAUUUUGCUGCUCCAAAGAAAAAGUUUGAGCGUGAUCCUGAUGACCCUUCGGCCGCUGCUCUGAAGGAGCCCUGGGAGGACAAGGUGACACGUAUACGCCAGGCAUCCCCUUAUGGCCAUCUGCCAAACUGGCAGCUGAUGUCAGCUAUUGUGAAAGUAGGAGAUGACUUGAGGCAGGAGUUGCUGGUCUACCAGCUUCUGAAAAGGUUAAAGAUGCUGUGGGCUGAAGAACGCCUGCCCCUGUGGAUCAAGCCUUACAAGAUCGUGGUCACCUCUCGAGACAGUGGCAUGAUUGAGCCUGUCAUGAAUGCAGUCUCCCUGCAUCAGAUCAAGAAACACAGCAAGAUGUCCCUCCAUGAGUACUUUAUCCAUGAGUUUGGCCCCCCAACUAGUGAAGAGUUCCUUACAGCACAGAGGAACUUUGUUCAGAGCUGUGCUGGAUACUGCCUUGUGUGUUACCUGCUGCAGCUGAAAGAUAGACAUAACGGGAAUAUCCUGCUGGACUCAAAGGGCCACAUAAUUCACAUCGACUUUGGCUUCAUCCUUUCCAUCUCUCCUGGAAAAAAUCUGGGCUUUGAGAACUCCCCUUUCAAGUUGACCCAUGAGUUUGUUGAGGUAAUGGGUGGACUUGGAAGUGACAUGUUCGAGUAUUUCAAGAUUCUGAUGCUGCAGGGUUUCGUGGCCUCUCGCAAGCACAUGGACAAGAUUCUGCCACUUGUCGAGAUCAUGCAGACAGGUUCUCAGUUGCCCUGUUUUGGCAAAGGUGUCAGCGCAAUCCGAGCCUUCAAAGACAGAUUCCACAUGACUUCAACCGAGGAGCAGCUGCAGCUGAUUGUGGAUGGCCUGGUGGAGUCCAGCCUGCACUCCCUGACAACCAAGCUUUAUGAUGGAUUUCAGUAUUACACCAAUGGGAUUUUGUGA